AUGGCUGCGAAGGAGAAGUUGGAGGCAGUGUUAAAUGUGGCCCUGAGGGUCCCAAGCAUCAUGCUCUUGGAUGUCUUGUACAGAUGGGAUGUCAGCUCAUUCUUCCAGCAGAUCCAAAGAAGUAGCCUGCACAACAACCCUCUCUUCCAGUACAAGUACUUGGCCCUUAACAUGCAUUAUGUGGGUUACAUCUUAAGUGUUGUUCUCCUAACUUUACCAAGGCAACACCUGGUUCAGCUUUACCUGUACUUUUUGACUGCACUGCUGCUUUAUGCUGGGCACCAAAUUUCCAGGGAUUAUGUGAGGAGUGAAUUGGAAUCAGGAUAUGAAGGGCCAAUGUACUUGGAACCUCUCUCUAUGAAUCGUUUCAUGACUGCUCUAGUAGGUCAGCUGGUGGUAUGUACGCUCUGCUCCUGCGUCAUGAAAACAAAGCAGAUCUGGCUCUUCUCCGCGCACAUGCUCCCUCUGCUGGCGCGGCUCUGCCUGGUCCCUCUGGAAACCAUUGUCGUCAUCAACAAAUUUGCCAUGAUUUUCACCGGCUUGGAAGUUCUCUACUUUCUGGCAUCGAAUCUUCUGGUGCCCUAUAACUUGGCGAAAUCUGCUUACAGAGAGCUUGUCCAGGUGGUGGAGGUGUAUGGUCUCCUGGCUUUGGGGAUGUCUCUGUGGAACCAGCUGGUCGUCCCAGUUCUUUUCAUGGUGUUUUGGCUUGUCUUAUUUGCUCUUCAGAUCUAUUCCUAUUUCAGUACACGGGACCAGCCUGCCUCAAGAGAGAGGCUCCUCUUCCUCUUCUUGACAAGUAUUGCCGAGUGCUGCAGCACUCCCUACUCGCUCCUGGGCUUGGUCUUCACAGUCUCCUUUGUUGCUUUGGGAGUUCUGACUCUCUGCAAGUUCUACUUGCAGGGUUACCGAGCAUUCAUGAAUGAUCCUGCUAUGAACAGGGGAAUGACUGAAGGAGUCACGCUCCUGAUCCUGGCUGUGCAGACAGGCUUGAUUGAGCUCCAGGUUGUGCAUCGGGCAUUCCUGCUCAGUAUCAUUCUUUUCAUAGUGGUGGCAUCCAUACUUCAGUCCAUGCUGGAAAUUGCUGAUCCCAUUGUCUUGGCACUGGGAGCCUCAAGGGACAAGAGUUUGUGGAAGCACUUCCGAGCAGUCAGCCUCUGUUUGUUCUUGCUCGUGUUCCCCGCGUACAUGGCCUACAUGAUUUGUCAGUUUUUCCACAUGGAUUUUUGGCUGUUGAUCAUUAUCUCCAGCAGUAUCCUGACCUCUCUUCAGGUGCUUGGGACACUCUUCAUUUAUGUUUUGUUCAUGGUGGAAGAGUUCAGAAAAGAACCAGUAGAAAAUAUGGAUGAUGUGAUUUAUUAUGUAAACGGCACAUACCGCCUGCUGGAAUUCCUCGUCGCGCUCUGCGUGGUGGCCUAUGGUGUCUCAGAAACAGUCUUUGGUGAAUGGACUGUGAUGGGUUCUGUGAUCAUCUUCAUUCACUCCUACUACAAUGUGUGGUUGCGGGCCCAGCUGGGGUGGAAGAGUUUCCUCCUUCGCAGAGAUGCUGUGAAUAAGAUCAAAUCACUGCCCGUCGCCACAAAGGAGCAGCUGGAGCAACACAACGAUAUCUGUGCCAUCUGCUACCAGGAUAUGAAAACUGCUGUGAUCACACCGUGUAGCCAUUUUUUUCAUGCGGGUUGUCUUAAGAAAUGGCUCUAUGUGCAGGAAACCUGCCCUCUGUGCCACUGCCAGCUUAAGAGCCCUUCGCAGCUACCCGGACUGGGACCAGAGCCAGUUCAACAGCCAAGUCCUAGAGCAGAGCAAAAUACCAGACCUGGAGAUGCAGCUGAGCCCCCUGGUGUUCAGCACCACAGUGGGCCAAAUUCGAAGGACAGCCCUAGCCGGAGCAACGGGCAGGCUGCUGACGGACAGGACAGCCUGGAGGCCCCUGCUGAAGCAGAGGGGUCUCCGAAAGUGGAUGGUGACACGAGCCCGUGUGAGGCCAGCCAGGGAGCAGCUUGUGCUGCAGAACUCAUUGCAGCCUCAGAGGGGUGCCCCACUCGAGACUGGGGGGUUUGUGUCCAGCUCUAA